CUGGCCUCGUGUGCAGGGUGGCUGGGGCCUCCCAGGGAAGCCGACAGAAAGACCCGGGCCCCUGAUGUGUACUGGGUCAGGGAACGUCCCCACAUCCCUCUUUCAGAACCUCGAAACUGGCUGAUUUCUGCCUUUGUCUUUCUGUUGCCACCACAGGUGAUCUUGAUCCUGACGAAGUAUUACCACGCCGACAUGGGGAAGGUUCUGGAAAGUUCUCUGUGGCGGUCCUCGGACUUCGGGACGUCCUACACCAAGCUCACCCUGCAGCCCGGUGUCACCACGGUCAUCGACAACUUCUACAUUUGCCCCACGAACAAGAGAAAGGUCGUCCUGGUGAGCUCCUCACUCAGCGACAGGGACCAGAGCCUGUUCCUUAGCACGGAUGAGGGGGCCACCUUCCAGAAGCAGCUCAUCCCCUUCUCCGUGGAAACUCUGAUUUUUCACCCCAAGGAGGAGGACAAGGUUUUGGCCUACAGCAAGGAGAGCACGCUCUACGUGUCAUCUGACCUGGGGAAGAAGUGGACGUUGCUGCGGGAGCGAGUGACCAAAGACCACGUGUUCUGGGCCGUGUCUGGGGUGGACACCGACCCCGACCUGGUCCACAUGGAAACCCAGGACCUCGGAGGAGGGUUUCGCUACGUCACCUGCCAGAUCCACAACUGCUCCGAUAAGACGCUGACGGCUUUGUUCCCAGGCCGCAUUGACCACAGUUCUCUGACCGUGCAGGACGACUACAUCUUCUUUAAGGCCACCGCAACGAACCGGACCAAAUAUUACGUCUCUUACCGUCGCAACGAGUUUGUCCUGAUGAAGCUUCCGAAGUACGCGCUGCCACAGGAUCUGCAGAUCAUCAGCACGGACGAGAGCCAGGUGUUUGUGGCGGUUCAGGAGUGGCACCAGACGGACACCUACAACCUGUACCAGUCGGACACGCGCGGCGUGCACUACUCACUCGUCCUGGAGGACGUGCGCAGCUCCCGGCGGGCCGAGGACAGCGUGCUCAUCGACAUCCUCGAGGUCCGAGGGGUGAAAGGAGUCUUCCUGGCAAACCAAAAAACCAAUGGGAAGGUGGUGACACUUAUAACCUACAACAAGGGCCGCGACUGGGACCGCUUGAGGCCACCCAGCACGGACAUGAACGGAAAACCAACCAACUGUGAGCCUCCGGACUGCCACCUCCACCUGCACCUGCGAUGGGCAGACAACCCCUACGUGUCGGGCACCGUGCACACCAAAGACACUGCCCCGGGCCUCAUCAUGGGCGCAGGUAACCUGGGCUCGCAGCUGGUGGAGUAUAAGGAGGAGAUGUACAUCACGUCCGACUGUGGGCACACCUGGCGGCAGGUGUUCGAGGAGGAGCACCACGUCCUCUACCUGGACCACGGCGGCGUGAUCGCAGCCAUCAAGGACACCUCCAUCCCCUUGAAGAUCCUCAAGUUCAGUGUGGACGAGGGCCUCACCUGGAGCACGCACAACUUCACCAGCACCUCCGUGUUUGUGGACGGGCUCCUGAGUGAGCCGGGGGACGAGACGCUGGUCAUGACGUACCGCAAGGUGGUGUCCAAUGUGUGUGAGGGCGGCGUGGACCCGCGGCAGAGCCCGGCGCCGCUGCAGUGCCCGCUCACGCCGCCCCGGGGCCUGCGGGUCAGCAUCCGCGGCGACGCGGUGGCCGUGCGGCCGGGAGAGGACGUCCUGUUCGUGGUGCGGCAGGAGCAGGGUGAUGUCCUGACCACCAAGUACCAGGUGGACCUCGGGGAUGGCUUCAAGGCCGUGUACGUGAACCUCACGUCGACCGAGGAGCCCAUCCGGCACCGCUACGAGAGCCCCGGCGUCUACCGCGUGUCUGUCCGGGCGGAGAACGUGGCGGGGCACGACGAGGCGGUGCUCUUUGUCCAGGUCAACUCCCCCCUGCAGGCCCUGCACCUCGAAGUGCUUCCUGUCGUCGGCCUCAACCAGGAGGUGAACCUCACAGCCGUGCUGCUGCCCCUGAACCCCAACCUCACCGUCUUCUACUGGUGGAUCGGCCACAGCCUGCAGCCCUUGCUCUCCCUGGAGAACUCUGUGACCACGCGGUUUGCAGACACGGGGGACGUGCGUGUGACUGUGCAGGCCGCCUGUGGAAACUCGGUGCUGCAGGACUCCAAGGUGGUCCGCGUGCUGGACCAAUUUCAGGUAGUGCCUCUGCGGUUUUCCACGGAUCUGGAUGUGCACAACCCCAACACCCCUGAGUGGAGAGAGGACGUCGGCCUGGUGGUGACCCGGCUGCUCUCCAAGGAGACCAGCGUCCCCGAGGAGCUCCUGGUGACCGUUGUAAAGCCGGGGCUGCCCACCGUGGCCGACCUGAACGUGCUCCUGCCCCCUCCCGGGCCCGCGAGGAAGAGGAAUCUCACAAGUGACAAGAGACUCAUGGCCAUCCAGCAGGUGCUGAAGGCACAGAAGAUCAGCUUCCUCCUGCGAGGUGGGGUCCGGAUCCUGGUGGCCAUGAGGGACACAGACACAGAUUCUCAGAGGCUGGGAGGCGGUGGCGGCUACUGGGCCGUGGCGGUCCUCGUGGUCAUCGGACUCUUCGCGGUGGGCGUGUUCAUCCUCUACAAGUUCAAAAGGCAAGGCCACCCGGCCGGCGGCUCUGGCAGGUCGGGCGUGAGGUCGGGCAUCGGGCAGCGGCUUUCCAGCAGGAUCCUCGAUGGGCUGCGGCGGGGAGGGCGGGAGGCCAGACGGGCUCCAGGUUCCGAACUGCCGAGGUCCCGGGAGGCGGGGAGGCGGCCAGCGGCUCACAGCCCCAGGACCAUCGUCCACCCCACCUCCUGUCUGCCGACAUCCCAGCCUUAUCUCACGUGGAGGGAGGCCCCGCCCGUUUCACAGAUGAGGAGAUCCAGGCUCAGAGAGGUCAUGUAGUGUGCCCAGGGCCACACAGCUGGUGAACAGAGGAGGGGGAUCUGAGCCGGGCUGGCCCAGACUUCCUCCCGCACUCACCAUCCCUGCCCCCAGCGCCCCAGCGAGGAGAGGGCGGGAGCUGGCGGGGGGCUCUGCUGAGGCCAGGAGGGGUUGCAAGCAUAGUAUGCAGUCCUCAGUGGGGGCUGCGGGGACUCUCGUCCCCUCUGGGCCUGCUCCUCGUCUGUAAAAUGGGUUUAAUAACCCACCGUGCUGGGGCUCCAGGCCGCCCUGGAGGGGCUGGUGAAGCUGAACUUCCCCGGAUCCUGGACCUGAGAAUGAGCAAAAUGAACCAGACGUGUCACCAGACUCAUUCUUCAAAAGGCGGCUUCGAGUUGUCACCU